AUGGAGCCCACAGUCAAGAAGACCUCCACCAGCCGAAUCCAGCUCGGAGACGACAUGGACGAGUUCGUUCUUGUCCUCGAUCCUGCCCGCCCCGUCAAGCCUCUUGGCGGUGCUGGAGGCCAUGAGCAGAAGAAAGAAACGGCCGCUCUCCAGGAGGACGUCGUUCCAGGCAAGGCCUACAAACCACAGGUCGACAACACACAGAACUCCGCCAAGCCUCCUACAGCCGCCGAGAAGAAGGCCCUUGACGAUUACCACGAUGAUAUGCGCAAAUUGGCCGAGGAUUCGAUGCCCGAGCGUGACGGCCUCCGCGUUGCCUACGAAGACUGGUUUUACACCGAUAGAGGAUCGCAUCACUUCGAUCUCGGUGAUGAACACUAA